AUGUCUUCUGGCGGAGCAGCGCUGCAGCCAACCUUCCAAGGCCAUGUAGCCACCACCCAAGACGCCCUCAUUCUGUUCGAGGCUUGCCUGCAAGGUCACCUCUCGCAUGUACCCAGGCGACCUCACGACCGAGAACGAAGCAAUCUGAUCAGAAGCGGGUGCGUCUUUAUCUACGAAGAGAAUGCAUCCGGGAUCAAGAGAUGGACGGACGGGGUUACUUGGAGCCCCAGCCGAAUCCUGGGGAAUUUCCUGGUCUACCGGGAGCUUGACAAACCAUUCCCCCCAGGAGAGAAGAAGAGAGCCAUGAAAAAACAACAGCGACGACCGAGCCGACCAGGCGAGCCGUACGCCAGAUCCGAUGGUGGCUCAUUCUCGGAUGGACAAUCUGGCAGUUACAACUCGGAUCGCAGUGCCUCGACUGACGUGGAGAGGCAGUUGAUAGGCUCGCUGGUAGACUCUUACGGUUUCAAGCAGGACGGAUUGGUCAAGAAGACGAUGAGUGUCACGGUCCAAGGCGUCACACAUCACCUGGUCUCUUACUACCACGUGAAUGACGUACUUACCAAUCAGUUGCGAACCCCUUCGCAGACAGAAAACCUGCAAUACAUCCGCCCACGGUCGGAACUCACUUCAAGACAAAGCUUCCGAGCACCCAUCGAGGACGUCGACGAGGUGGACGGGGCUCAUAAUUCGUACGCAUACCGCGUGAACGGAGGCGGUUAUCCCCAGCCGUACUACAUGCCCCCGGGGUAUCCUCCCAUGGCUCAGCAACCCAGUCAACCACAGUAUUCCAUGGGGGUUCCUUCCAUGUCCACAGGCUACAUCCAAUCCCCAGUAACAGCAUCACAUAUGCAAGGACAACGAAAUGAAUAUGGCCAGUAUGACCAGUCGGGGUACAACCGAAGUUAUGAGACCUUGAACAGCUCAAUUCCUCCAUCGUCCAAACCAAUCCCCCCCACGCCAACCACCAUGGCUCCAAUCAUGUCCGACCGCUCCCAAGCGCAGACGGCUAUGUUCCCGCCCAUCAGUAUGCAGCGGCCGGUCAACCCCUUGAGCCCAGUGUCAAUGGAUUCCCGAGCGCCCGUACCAUAUCGACCGAGCCCUUACGGAGUGACUCAUCCCAAUGGUGCUCAGAUGGACCAGACCCGACAGAGUCAGCCCUCCCCAAAGUACGACGAUCGCAGGGAAUCGGCACCGCAGCCACCACCAAUGUACCAAAGCCCACGGACGCCGUACUAUGCCGACACGGCCAGUCAAGCUAUUCCUCAGCCUCAGUAUUCCCAAUGGGCACCACAGGCGCACAACCAAUAA